CACGGGCGUAGUCGAAGGAAGGGACUCUCCUGUACUGUGGUGUUUAAUAGUUAGAACGGCUGGUCACGUGAUGGCUUAUAUGGAUCGGGUGUAAUAUUUUACAAGGGACAAUAUAACAUUGCAAAAAUUAUGUUGGGUUGAGCAGUAAGUGCACCAGUCCGUGAAGCAUUCACUGUUCGUGUACUACUUGUAUUGUGUCGAGCUGCGAGGAUUAGAGCCAUUCAAUUUUAAGCACUGCUGUCAACCUGGAUGGGCAACAGACACAGGAUAAAGGUGCAGCAACACCAAAAGGAAAGUUCAUUCAUGCCAGAAUUCAGUGACGUUUUUCUGCGUAUGGACUUUAUACGAUUGAUCACUCCAAUCUGUUCACGUCAAUUAAUAAAAAGAUGCAGCUUUGGAAUCUGACCUAAUUUGGAAGCUAUCGUGGUGAACAUGAGGUGACUUAACCAUGGCAGGCAAAGAAAAGCGUGGAGGAAGAGAAGUUUUUCAAAUACUACACAAGCUGGAAGAAGAGUCCAGUGCAAACGAGCACUCUGCUCUGCCAGAUCUGGUCUUCCAGUGCACAGAACUCGAUCUGGAAUGGUCCCACAUACAGCACAUCCCGACCACCAUUCACAAAUGUGUUCACGUAAAGAAAAUCAAUGCCUCGAACAACGGACUAACUGCUCUGCCUGAUUCGAUAUCUUUACUCGUCAACCUCACGCAUCUUAUUCUCUCCUGGAAUAAGUUUACCACAUUUCCAACUGAAGUAUGUGGUAUACCUAAUUUAGAGCAUCUGGACCUGUGGUACAACAAACUGGCCAGCCUCCCGCCAAAUAUCGUUGGGAUGACUGCCCUGAAAAGACUACUGCUGGGCAAAAAUAAUUUCACAGAAUUCCCCGAUUUGGUUUUUGCUCUGCCUUGUUUAGAGGAACUACAGCUAAGUCACAACAAGAUGGCCAACGUACCAAGAGACAUAGGUAGGAUGACCAAACUGAGAAAGCUGUGGAUAGAUAACAAUCAUUUAACACAACUGCCCUACCAACUUGUUAACCUCUCCAAGCUGGAAGACCUUCGGGUUUCAGGUAACCGUUUUACGUCGCUGCCUAAAUCCGUGAGUAAACGAGGCAAGGAGGCCAUUUUCAAUUAUUUGGCAGGAAUUAAAGACUCAAAAGCUGUGAAUGCUUGUACAGUUCAGUUAAACCUUCUUGGAGAAACAGAGGGCGGAAAAAGCAGUCUAGCUCGAACUUUGAGAAGGGGGAUAUCAGUGUUAACUGAAGCAGCAGAUAGGACCAGAGUGGUGGAGCAGAGAGAAUGGGAGCCAGAAGAAGACAUUUCAUUUAAUGUCAACGAUUUUGGAGGGCAUGACGUAUACAAAGUUGGCCAUCCCAUUUUCAUAUCCAAGAACGGUCUGGUUCUUGUCAUAUUUGACCUAUCAAGGUACGAUAGUAACGAUACUGAUCACUUUGACAAGUUCAUUGGAAGUUGGAUGGACAAGGUCCAUGCACAGCAUCCAAGUUGUAGAGUUGCCAUCGUAGGAACUCAUUCAGACCAAACGACCCCCUACAAGGCUCAAACAAUUUGCAUCUCAGUUGAAAAGGAACUACAAAGGAGGAUAGUUCACAAAAGGUUCACGAUGAACAAACACUACGACAUGGUCUCAAAUAAAAUUGCAGCUUUAGAAGCAUCUGUGGAUGUGGGGAUUGUUCAAGCAUACAAGAAUAAAUUAACGACGCUUGUAAAAUUUCGAAAAGAGGAACCAGAGAUUCAUGAUAAAGUUUUUGUAGUGAGUUCCAAAACCAUGUCCGGUUACCAAGACCUUGAGGAGUUUUUGAUCAGGAAUGCAAGGGGGAAAGGAGUCGUAUUGCCCAGAUCUUGGAUAAAAGCCGCCAAAAACAUACGUACUCACAAGUAUGAAAAUACUGGAAAUACUCUUCAGUGGGAAGAAAUAAAGAAAGAUGUAUUUGGACAUGCACCCUUCCUUUGGAAAGUCUCAAGUGCUAUUUCCAAGAAAAAGAGCAAGUCAAACGAAGAAAUUAUAAAUGGAGUGCUCAGUUUCCUAGCUGGACGCGGAGAUAUUGUUUGGUUCGAAACCUCUCCUCUGUUACGAAGAAUCAUUUUCCAUAAGCAGGAAGUUUUAAGCAACCUGCUAAAAGCUGUAUUAAACCAUGAUAUGGAAGCUCUUUUGCCAUCCCUUCUCCAUGACUUGUCAGUAACAACUUGUCAACCCAGUCUUGACAGAGUGAGAGACGAUUUCACCAAAAGAGGUGUCCUUACCAUGGGAGCGUUGGAGUGCCUUUGGAGACCGUUUGGGUUGAGCAGAGCAGAAACUGAUGCAAUGUUUGAGCUCCUGCAAGCAUUGGAACUAUGUUACAAAGUCGUCCAACCUGAAGCACACGAGACUUUCUUUCACUUCCCCUGUCUUUUAACCGAUGAGCGCCACUCUUUCGUAACUGAACAAUGGCCAGAGUGGCCCCCUCUCGAUACCAAGCAAGUUACAUUGAAAGUUUACUUUCCGCACGUGUGCCCCAACGGGUUGUACGAGAAGCUUUCUGUCCGCCAGCAUAAGUACCUAGGAUUUUACAAAGCAAGAAGGGUUGACUGGAAAGAUGGCGUAUACGCAGAGAUGGAAUCUUGCCGCAUGCAGCUCACCAGAUGCAAGGUUGAUGGAGACUGGGUUAUCGCAGCAGCUGUGAGGGGCAGGCACCUUCCAGAACUCUGGCAAACUCUUCUGCGAACACAUGGUGAUCUCAUGGAUAUCCUAGAGGAGGACUGGCCUGGUAUGCCGUACGACAAGUACCUGGUGUGUCCUCACUGUGUGGACCAAGGUGAACAAUACCCGACCCUCUACCCCGGGGAGCUGAAUGACGAACCCCUUGUACAGCCUGUCAGCGUGGUACUUUGUGAGAAAACGAAUGCCAUGAUUCCAGCUAAUCUAGUUUAUCCCAGCCAAAGUUUUGCUGAAAUGCCACGUCAGCAGAGACGAGCCAUACAGGAGACUAUAGGCCAGCUGGUCCACAGUAUCACCACCCCUUGCCUCGGGCACAUGCUUGACACGUUUAUCCAGGAGGGGAUUAUAACUGACAGAGAGGCGGAAUUUGUGCGUACAGCGCCAUCUUCAGGUGACGCAGAAUGGACCACAGGAGUUUCUACAUCAAGUGCAGUGUCACCCGAGAAGACGCGGGUGCUCCUCAAUUUAAUAUUGACGAAAGAGGAGAGGGCGUUCUAUAUGCUGUGUACAUGUCUAGAGGAAAAUGGACAGCAGUAUCUUGGGUGCUGUCUAAGAUGUAAAGUGGAUGAGUGCACCACUUUGUGAUUGUAGAAAUGUACUAGUACAUGUAUCCAAAAAACGCAAACUGAUGCAAAAUCUCUCAAUUUCUCUCCAUCAUCGCAAUGAUGAAAUGUUUUUUUUUUAAGUAAUUUAUAUCGAUUUAGUUUUACAACAGGACAUAAGGGACAGUUUCGAUAUGACCUAUUGACUUUUAAAGGUGACAUGAGAAAAAAAUUA